AUGGUUGCCUUAGAAAGAAAGAGAAAGAGCGAGGCCAAUGGCAAGAAUGGAACUAAGAAAUUAAAAACUGGUUCAUUUGCCACUUCCUCAUUUAUCUUGCAUUCCUAUUCUAAAUUACCAAACAUUAAUGAAUCACCAAAGACAAAAACAACUCCAUUAGAUAUAUUUGUCUGGGGUACCGGAUCCAUGUGUGAAUUGGGUUUGGGACCUGAUUCUAAAAAUAAAGAAGUUAAAAGACCAAGAUUGAACCCAUUCUUGACUGAAGAAAAAUUGAAUGGAACCAAGAUUGUUGAUUUUGCAGUCGGUGGUAUGCAUACUUUGGCAUUAGAUGGUAAGAAUAGAGUAUGGUCUUGGGGUGGAAAUGAUAGUGGUGUUUUAGGAAGAGAUACAUCUCAAGCAAAAGAAGUUCUAAAAGAUAUGGAUGCAGAUGCUAGUGAUGAUGAUGAAGAUGGAGAUUUAAAUGAAGCUGAAUCUACUCCUGGAUUGGUUGAAAACCUUCCAAAGGAUUCCAGUAUUGUUCAAUUAGCUGCAACUGACAAUUUAAGUGCAGUAUUACUUGAUAAUGGAGACGUUUAUGCCUGGGGUUGUUUCCGUUGUAAUGAAGGUUUAUUGGGAUUUUUACGUGAUGAAAUCAAGAUUCAAAAGACUCCAUUAAAAAUCAAGGAGCUUAAAAAUAUUGUCCAAUUAGCUGCCGGUAAAGAUCACUUAUUGGCUCUUGACUCCAAGGGUAUAGUUUAUGCAUGGGGUAAUGGACAACAAUACCAAUUGGGUAGAAGAAUUUUGGAGAGACAUAGAUUUAGAAGUUUAGAACCUCAACAAUUUGGAUUAUAUAACAUUAAGUAUAUUGCAAGUGGUGAUUUCCAUUGUUUUGCAAUUGACCAUGCAGAUAAUGUUUAUGCUUGGGGUUUAAACCAAUAUGGACAAUGUGCAUUAACUGGUGCCAAUGGUGAGUUAGAAGAUGGAUCCGUUUUGACAAAACCAACCAUAAUUGAGGAAUUAUCAAAAUUGAAAAUCAAACAGAUUGCUGCUGGUGAACAUCACACAUUGGCUCUUACUGAUGAUGGACACGUCUACUCUUGGGGUAGAUUGGAUAUGAAAGAAAUUGGUAUUCCAACUGAUAAAUUACCAGAAUCCACAUUUAAGGACCAACAUGGUAAACCAAGAUCAGUCCCAACUCCUACUAAAAUUGAGUUUAAUGCCAAAAAGGAUAUUUUAAUUAAAACCAUCGGUGUUGGUUCCCAUCAUUCAUUUGCUGUUACCGAUGAUGGAUUUGUUUACGCCUGGGGUUUUGCAGAAACUUAUGGUGUAGGAUUAGGUCCUUCUAUUGAUGAUGUUGAAGUUCCAACCAGAAUCGUCAACACUGCUACAAAACAUGAAGAUAUUCUUCUUAUUGGUGCUGGUGGUCAAUUUUCUGUUAGUGGGGGUGUUAAAAUCGAAGACGAAGAUAAAGCUGAAGACAGAGUUGAAAAAUAUGAAGAAUUAGAAGAAUAG